GCCCUUCCGGCAGCUGCAUGGCUUGAAUGGUUUGUGGUAAAAGCUACAAAGGAGGUGUGACCUAUGGUGUGACAUCCUCGAAGGUACGUGUCUCUGGACUGAUUCUGUAGUCACCACUGUACAUGUACUGACUGCUCCAGCCAAGAAACUGAAGUCUGCAGGUACUAACUUUAGGUGGUGCUAACAUUAAUACCAAAUAUCAAAGACAAACGUUUAUACGUUCCGCAGCCAAAAUAUCAACUACAGAGCUAGCUGGAAACAAAACCGAUGUCUUUGAGCUAUAAGGCUGCAGUGGACACCCUCAACUUGUACCAGGUCAAGGCCGGAGCAAAUUCGGUGGCAAAGAAACAGACGGCUAGAUUGCUCGAGGCAGCCGAAAGGUUCUUUAUUAGGACGGGACAUUCGGUAGAGGAACUGAACCGACUGAAUGUCAUCCAUGUUGCAGGCACAAAAGGAAAGGGCUCGGUGUGUGCCUUGUGUGAGAGCAUUCUGAGACAGUGCGGCUUAAGGACAGGACUAGUAACGUCCCCUCAUCUUCUUGAGGUGAGGGAGAGGAUAAAGAUCAAUGGCCGCUCUCUAACACACAAUCUCUUUGCCCACUAUUUCUGGGAGUGCUUCAACAAGUUAGACAGUUCAAAGAAAAGUGAAUUAAAUAUGCCGAGUCAUUAUCGUCUGCUAACUCUAGUGGCUUUCCACGUCUUUCUGGAAGAGAAGGUGGACGUGGCUAUAGUGGAAGUGGGGAAGGGUGGGGCUUAUGACACGACAAAUAUCAUACAACAUCCCCUUGUGUGUGGUAUCACUCUCCUUGACCUGGACCACACAGCUGAGCUGGGGGACAGUCUGGAGGCCAUUGCCUGGCACAAGGCAGGGAUCAGCAAGCCAGACCACCCUCUCAUCACACACCCACAGACACAGGGAGCCAUGGAGGUCAUCGCACAGCAGGCUAGGCAGAGACAGGUAUCCUCUAUCGAAGUUGCACCGCAUCUUAGCUGUUAUCCUGGGGAAGAAGUCGUUCUCGGACUAAGUGGUCGGCACAACCAGUACAACGCAUCACUGGCCGUGCAAAUCUGCAAAAAAUGGCUGACUCUAAAAGGACUAUGGUCUGGUUGUGAUCUUGAUCCAGACGAUACUGUGGUGAGGAGAGAGGUGUGUGGAAUACCAGAGGCCCCUCCAUUCCAACUAACAAAGCAGUUCCGUGACGGUCUGCGUGAGUGUCGUUGGCCCGGGAGGUGUCAUGUUGAGAGAAGGGACGGGGUUACCUUCUACCUGGACUCUGCUCACACACCCCUCAGUAUGAAGGCUUGUGCACAGUGGUUCAAAGAAGAAGCUGAUAAAGAAAGCGCUGAAAACGUAAGUGUUACCGUGAGAGUGCUUCUCUUCAACUUUAUUGGGCAUAGAGACCCCAAAGCCCUCCUAACACCACUUCUAAGUUGCAACUUUGACUACGCCUUGUUUGCUCCGAGCUUCACUGGAGCUGACGGGUCAAAUACAGCUGAUCAGCUGUAUCGGAAGACCUCCCCUGAGGCACAAUACGAGAGCUCACGCGAGAACGAGAGAAUAUGGCAAGAGCUGACAACACAGUAUUUAAUAACUCCGUCACCAUCGUGCAAACCAGAAGACAGUCGAGAACCUGACAUCAUAACUAGGCAACCGUCAGAUACAAUUACACAAACUCGAUUCUUCCUGAGUCUUGACCAUGCGAUUCACUGGUGCUGUGCUGGCAGGGGGUGGUCUGUGCAGUCCACAGCUCCUCGUACACUAGGGGAGGUCAAAGAGACCCCCAGCAAACUGAAAAAUGCCCCCCACAUACAAAUACUAGUGACCGGUAGCGUUAGAUUGAUAGGAACCACCAUGUUUAUUUUGAACUGUUCACUCAGUUGAUGGAGAACAUUCUAUAUGUUUUAUUUUUUUUUAUCUAGCGUUACAGACCACUAUGUUUAUUUAUUUAUAAUUAUGGAAAAUGUGCACACACAAAAAUAUUACUCUACAAUG